AUUGAAUGCAGGGAAGGGAUAUCAAAGGUCGAUUGUCCAAGACUCCAAGUCACGAACAGUUCAACGGUUUGUCACUUUGUAAUUGCACAUUCGCACUUGCAGAAUUGUUGUCGAACAACGUCACACGAUUACAUUACACGAACAGAAAUCACUUUCGGAGGAGGUUUGUUUGAUUGUUUCAGUUUCGUUGAAUCGCAGGAGGUUGUCAGCUUGCUGUUAUCGGGCAUCGGCAUUCGGAGAAUCGGAGUUAUGACGAAACCAAAAUCCAAAAAACAAGCUUUAAUUGGGAACUUUUUCAAAAGAAAAUACAAAGAAAUUAAUGAUGAUGAUACAAUUCCAAAUGAAACAACUCCUCCGAAUGUUGACGUUGAUUCAAGUCCGAAUGUUGAUAAUGAUAAUAUCCAAGCAAAUAAUGCCGUUGAUGCAAGUCCGAAUGUUGAUCAAGCAAAUGAUGACGUUGAUGCAAGUCCGAAUGUUGAUAAUGAUAAUCCUACAACUUCAAUUCCAACAACACGAGGUAUUAUUGCUAGUUAUCACCCAAAUCAAAUAGAUGACAUAAGAAGGUCGUAUCUUGUUAAAGGGGCUUUUCAACCGCGUAGUCAUAAGUUUCCUGUUAAAGACUUUUAUGGAAAAAAAGACGUUUUGUUGUUAGUUGGUUUAAUGAUUGUAGUUGGUUAGAGUAUAGCAUCAAAGUAGACAAAGUAUAUUGUCUAUAUUGUUACUUGUUUAAAGAAAAUGUCGGUAAUCAAGGCGGAAGAGAUACGUGGUCUUCUAGUUCUAAAGGUUUUAGUAAUUGUUGGUAGAUGAAUCUAGUGAUGUUUCUUUGAAGGAGCAAAUGGCUAUAGUUGUUAGAUUUGUUGAUAAACUUGGGGUUGUUAGAGAGAGUUUUAUCGGAAUUGUUCAUGUGAAAGACACGGCUUCUACAACUCUUAAACAAGCCAUUGAUGAUUUAUUAGCAAGCAA